AAUUCUCACACACUCUCACUCUCUCUCUCAACAAACUCUCCACUCUCCACUACUACCAUUCUCAUUUCUCACCAUUCACACUGCAUUUCCAUUUGAAGAGUAUAAAACAAAAUCAAAACCGAAAACCCUUUCAUUUCUCAUACUUUCUAGGUUUUCUCUCUCUCUCUCUCUCUAAAACUCUUUCUCACUCUCUCUCUCUCUCUCUCUCUCAUCAUCGUAGCAACAAGCAACAAUGCAGAGAAGAAGCAACGAUCAACCUGGCAAGGUUGAACCCUGUGAUAUAUGCGGUGCUGUUGGUUUUGCUGAAUUAUGUGUCACUUGCACUAAAUGCAAUGUAUUUCGGGAACAUAUUUACUGCAUGCGAAAAAAUCUUACUGAAAUUCCAGAUUACUGGUUUUGUGAAACAUGCCAAUCCAAAAAUGGUACAACUUCUCCAUGUGAAGUGAAACAGGAUGUUGGCUUGCAGGGUACAACCUCACCAUGUGAAGUGAAACAGGAUACUGGCUUGCAGGUUUCCACACGGAAAAAAUCUUUUAGAACAGCCCCAACAGGGAAAGUGAAGUACCUUCACGAGGAUGAAGUCAUCAAACUUUCUAGCUGUAAUAUCUCUAUGAAAGCCACUCCUAGCUCUACUUCACCGAUGACGAUGACCAAGAAGGCUAGUUCUACUUUGCCGAUUACCAAAAGGGCACAUGUAGCAUCCAAAAGUGUUAUUCCGAAGAUUCCCUCCCCGGCUCUGAAACCAAAUCCUAGCCUAGCACCUAUGGCACAUGGAAAGUUUCCAAGAAAUGGAGUUCAGAAAAAUCCAAUGAAUGAUCAACACGCUUCAUCAUCGAAAGGGCCAACAAAGGAGAAUCAAUUUGUAUCUGAGCGGCGACUGAGUAUUCCAAUACCUGAUAGAAAAGUUCAACCUCUUAAAGUUCACACUCGUGAUCCUCAGAUAGAAAAGUCUACAAAAAGGGAACCUUGUAAAGAUUUUUCAGCUACUAAAUCUUUACCUGUUGCUGUUUCAGAUGCUGCUACCGAGUGUAACGGAUUUAAUAGGGAAGAAAACAAGAUUCAGAGUAUUCCUGAAAACUUCAAUCGUGAUCGUAAAUAUUUUCCCUCUUCAAUUCGUGCUUGGAGUGGCCGAUUCCAGAUUCUUCAAGCGGCUGCAUCUGUAGAAUUUUAUGAUGGGUUUGAGGCCAAACCUCCCUGCGUUGUUAAUAGAAAGGCAUACAAUCUUUCAAGCAAAAUUCCGCAGGUACUUCAAGUGGAAUCACUUUCUGCUUUGAAUGUCUUGACUGAUGUAUUCCAGAAUUAUUCUCCCACUCUUCAAGAUAUCGCAUUAUAUUUCUUCCCAUCAGAUAGCCAAGAGAGGUCCAGAAAAAGCUUAAACAGUCUAUUGAAGUUUAUGAAUGAUGAAAACUCAAUGCUGAGAAGUUUAAUUGAUGGAGUGGAGUUGUUGGUCUUUACAUCACAUCAGCUUAAUGAGCAUUCAAGGGGUACUAUUGCUGCUGUGCAUGAAGGAUAUUUUCUGUGGGGAGUUUUUCGCUCAAAAAAAUCUAAUACUUCUAAUGACAGAUCACCUGCCAUGGAUCCCGUUGAUAUGGAUAUUGAUAUGAUUGGAGGAAAUGAUAUUGCGGGAAGAGUUGAUAAUGUUCUUAAUAGCAGUCUCAGGAGUCCCUCUCAGGUUUCUUUGCAAGGAAUACCUCUUCUGAGCCCCACUUCUAUUAAGGUAGAAGAAAAGACCUUAACCCCGAGAAGCAAUUUGAAUUUGAAUGGCGGGGACAGAACAAUUUCGUCUGAAAAUCUUAGAAAGAACAUCAAAUCUGAGCAUUCUUGGGAACCAUCAUCAUGGAGCCCGGUAAGGAAAUAUCGUAAAAUGCAUGACAUACUUGAGAGUGUUCCACCUGGCUUUGAAGGUAAUGGACAUGGUGCUGCGAAACCCUCAAAUAUUAAGAGACGGUACUUGUAUUAGAAUAUAUUCAGGUGAUGGUAUAUAAACUAUGGACAAAAAUUAUAGUUAGCUUUUUGAUACCAGAUUGAUUCAACUCAUCUCUGCUCCUAUAAUGGAGAAUUUGCAUUUGGUUUUAUUAGAAUUAGUAGGUGAUUAUGUUAAGUUUCUCCUUUUUUUGAUCACGGGUGUUUAAUACUUCUAUCUUUGAUGUUUAAUUUCCCACAUGUGCAGUUGGGUUAACAAUCACAGAACUUCACAAUAUUUCUAAUCAGGUUGCAUAUGAUAACAACUCUAAUAGUUUUUAGAGCUUAAUUUGGGAUUAUGGUGAGUUUUGUUAGGGCGUGAGUCACUUUUUAUUGAGGAGAGAUUAAUGA